AAGCUCUCUUAACAUGUAAAUCUAUUGCUAUAUCAUUACUCUAAAACUGGCUGUGUAUGUGCGUGUCUAGUUGUUUGCUUGUAUACGACUUAUGUUAACGUACUAAAGUCGGCAGUUAAAACAGUCUUUGUUCUGUUAUGAUGAUAAUAAAAUCGCAAAGGUUUCAUAGUUUCAUGUUCUAAAAUCUAACAAUCAACACGCAAGUUGGUUGAUUUUGAAACAAUGAGUGGGAUAUCAUAUAACAAACUCGGUAUAACCGCGGGUCACAUGCCAUUAAGCCAUCUGUCGAAAGUCCAUUUCCUAAUCUAACCUUCUUUUCCCUUUUAUAAUUAAGAAAGUCGUGGGCAAGAUAAGCGAAAUUCUUUGAUUUAAUCACAACUCCUUUCCUAUUAGCUGUUAAGUAAAUAAAUCAUUAAAAGACUCGGAAAAUAUAUUUUGGAAUUACAAUUUCAAAUGUCCAUUAUAUCAACACCAACAAGGACCUCUUCACAACAUUGGGCGUGCUCUGGUCACUUCCGGUAUAAUCAGUGUCACGACCCCGUACAUCCGGGCAAUACAUUGGGAGUUACAGAAUUCACCAUAUCAUUUCAACGAAAUUUGAGACGAAUUACACGUCAUUUAAUUGACGAAAUAGAAAACAAAACUACAGAAUUUGAAACAGAAAUUAUACGAUGUGAUAACAUUGUGCUACGUCUUCAACAAGAAAGUUUGACAAAUAUUCUUGGUUUACAUGAUGCAGACAAUUUUCACAGUGAGAAUUCGUUUACAAACAUGUACUUAAAAAUGACGGAUUUUCUCCAUCUUUAUAACAAAAUCUGGUGUUUGUUUGCAUCUAAAGCUGUAGAUGAAUGCUGUAUACCGUUCGAACAAUUACAUCAUAGAAUAAAACACCGACUUUUAAGCAAAUGGUGGAUUGUACAAGAAAGUUUUGGCCAGGUUAUGGAUCAACAACACUGUGAAACAAGCGUGGUAAACUUCAGGAAUACUGAAUUGAGAUGUGAAGAUAUAAGAAAUACCGUCUACAUUCUGUUACGGAAUGCACAUUCGUUAUUAGACGAAUCAUUAUCCGUCAUUGAUUUAAUUUAGUUAAACAUUGAUACCCCAAUGUGUAUUUCAAGACUAACUUUUAUAUCACUUCACAUUUAGCUACGUGCAAUAUUUUAAAUCUAAUAUUUUUCAUUGGAUGUAGUUUUUAUGCUUUCCAAAUUUGUUGAUAUUUUUACCUCAUAUACUUAUACACAAUAUUUGCUCUUUUUAUCACUAUCAUUUCUUUGUUAUCUCAUUGUAAAAUGUUUAUAUGUGAUG